UUCUCCUUUGAAAACCUAUUGACUCAUCUGUCUGUUCUUCUUCGUAGUGAUUCAAGUUGCAGUUUUAAGAUAUUUUAGACAUUUAUUCUCUCACUCUUUGCCAGGCCCUCAGGGUGAGGUUUCUGGAAUGAUGUUUCCCGGUGUCUUUCAGGCAGAAAAAGAGAACUGGGGAGGAAAUGGCAGACUGACCUUGCGGAUGGUAGCAAGGAAGGUGGCUCUUCUCUCCUGUGUGAUCCGAACCUUGAUGAGCAUUGCAGAACGAGCACUGGGGUUCAGAUACUGGGCAGACCAGGGACAGCGCUACAGCACACCCACAGAGCAGCACCUGGGGGAGGCAAACUCUUUGGACACUGACCUCACCUUUGACUGCAGCAGCUUCAGGAGCCAAUAUGAGUUUCGGCUUCCAGCACGGGCCUUGUGCGCGGCCUCAUGCCCGCCAGCGUGGCGCUCAGAGCCCGACCUGCGUUUCCUGCGCAGCACCCUGCGAACGCUGCCCAGCUUCCGACGCUACUCCCCCCACAUGCAGCUCAAGCUGGCCAAGGUGAUCCGCUAUGAGAGGUUUGGGCGGGGCCGGGUGGUAGUGAAGCGAGGCCAGAGAGGCAGCAGCUUCUACUUUGUGUUCUCUGGUAUCAUUGCGGUCACUCAGGAUUUGGAUGGCAGCUCUGCCUUCACUGACCAAGAGCCAAUCCUCAUGAGGAAGGGGGCAGGCUUUGGGGAGGUGGCGCUGUUGAAGGGCCUGAGGCGCAAUGCCACUGUAGUGUGUGUGGAGGAUACAGAGCUUUUGGUGGUGGACAAGGAGGACUUCUUCAGUCACCAGCUAGACCAGGAGCUACAAAAGGAAGCCCUAGAGAGAUACAGCUUCUUCAGGUCCCUGGCCUUGUUCUCCAGCUGGUCAGAUGCUGCUCUUGAAACACUGGCUGAUCAUUGCAAGACAGAGCAGGUCCAUCAUGACCAGGUGGUCCUGAGAGACAGCAGCUCCACCACCAGCCUUAUCUUCAUCACCAAGGGUCAGUGUGAUGUGCUGCGAAUGGUGGAGCUGAGCCAGUGCUCCUCCUAUCACAGGUGGAUCAGGCAGCAGCGGGCACUGCUGGACAAAACACAGGGCAGGACACUGACAGAAAGUGGCGAGAUAGAGAAGAAGGUGUCCCUCAGGCCUCAGGACUCUCCUGCAAGCUUGCCUGCUUCAGCUUCCCACUUCCAGGCCCUGUUUCCUGAGGUUGAUGUUCUCCUGGAGUCCCAGGUUCUGGGGGACUGGGCAAUAAGGGAACAGGCCUUCUCAUUGUCUGAUAGUGGAGAGAGUGAAAACCCAGACAAAAAUACCCCCCCUGGCCAGGAAUCAAGCCUCAGGAAGGAGAUUGUUCCAUCAAAGGAGGGUGCCGGCACCCCAGGCGGACUCCCCAGGGAAGUAGAGGCAGGGGUGUACAUGCGCAUCGACACGCUGAAACAUGGACAGCACUUUACGGCAGUAGACAUGGGAUACAUCCAGAGCUGUCUGGAGAGAGAGGGCAAGCUGCCGCAGGAGCGCCCUCUGUGGGCAACACCAGCACACUGCAGAGACCCCCGCGGCAUGGUCAUUGUCAGCCAGGGGGCAGAGGUCAUCCGUGUGAAGCUGGAGAAGUUCAGUGAGUUGACCGACUGGGCGACCCUGGAAAAGCUCAUGCGAGCAGACCAGCCCUACCCGAGUGAUGAUCAGCUCAGCCAGGUGUUUCUGGAGCAGAACCGCUGGCGGGUGUUCAAGAGUGAGGUGCUGAGCAGCGUGGGGAGGGAGGGCACUCCGAAUUUCCCUGGUCUGAUGAGGAGGAGGAGAAGAGGGGGGAGGAAGGAUGCACAGAGGAGCAGCGAAUGGGAGAUCAAUCGAAGAGGCCUCCUGUUCCUCACUCACCCUACUUCAGCACAAGGAAAGGUAUGGGCUGCACCCGGUCCUCAAAAAGAGCUACCGACAGAGGAGACAGCGCCCCCUAGAGCACUGAGACUGAUCCACGCCAUCGCCAUCCCCAAGAUCAGUGGGAAGAGCAGAGAUUAUUGACCAGGACAAAGUGGACUUUUCUACGGUCCAGUAGAUUGUUUUUUACUGUCUACUGUGUUCUCUCAGAGGGUAAAAAGUGAUAACACAUCAACAUUUCAGGUUUUAUGAGCUACAGGCCAACAUACAAAUUAUGCUGACCAAACAGAAAUGCAGUACUGUAUGUUUAGAUGCACUCAAUCUAGUGUGCAUCAAAAGAAACUGAUCACAUACCUACAACAUACAAAGUUUUCACCUUGCAAAAAAUCUUGUUGUGGCUCAUUGAAUAGACAUGAAUAUUAAAUGAAGUAA